UGGCUUGUGGGUCCUCUCCGCAUAUUAGCUAAACUAUUUGUCAAAGGCACAAUCUUCCUGUUGAGGUGGAUCCACAGAACGCAGGUGUUCUGAUCGUGCAGCUCGCUUGAUCAUCCAGUGUGGUACCUUUUGUGAACCACUGAAUUACCCGACGGAUCUGAUCCGAUAUACUGCGGUCGCAAUACGCUAACACUCGCCUCCCAUUCAUAUCUGUGAUUCUGCGGAACAAAGACAUGAUAUUGAUGUAUUGUAUCUAUUUCCAUGUAUACCACUUUGACAUAGCCUCCGAUGCUGUAAACAUGAGGUUGACAUGAGGCGGCGCUUUGACGGUCAGGGUUCCCACUAGUUCUUAGAUCUCAACUAUCACAACAGGUCCUUUGUUUCUGUCUCAUCAUGGACUCGAACACGUUAUACAUCGUUUGUGGGCUAACGGUCGUGGCUCUAGUAGCUUUGGGCUUUACCUUCAUCGAUGACUCCCCGCCACCGCAGCCACCAUCCUUGGGUAUAUGUUCACCAUCAGAUUCACCCUAUGUGCCUAUUAUCUCGCAGCAAGGGUCAUACCACCAACCACUGCACCGCCAGCUCCCGCCACCGCGUCCAGCAAUCCGAUAUCCCGGGGCCCCUUCAAGAUAUUCUACACUUCAAGCGCCUUCGAGUUCGCAGCCUUCGCCGUAUCAGCCUCAUCGCCUGCCGAGCGCAAAAUACGCCCCACUAGCCACCACUCCCCUUUUAUCUCGUGAUGCUUCGGUGCCCAAGCCCAUCUGUUACACCCCUCAGCAGCCAAGUCGUCCUGCUACAAGAGCACCACUGGUACCUGUAGUGCCCAUAGCGAUUGACCGUCCUGCUGCAAGAGCGCCCCAGGUACCUGUAGUGCCCGUAGUGAUUGACCCCCGUGAACGUCCUGUUGCAAGAGCGCCCCACAUACCUGUAGCGCCUGUAGUGAUUGACUCCCAUGAGCGUCCUACUACAAGAGCGCUAGAGGUACCUGUAGCGCGUGUAGUAAUUGACCCUCAUGAAGACCCCAGGUCUCUUCGUCUCAAGGCUGUACGGGAGGGAGAUCAGAUGGGGAAAUGCUUCAAGGAGAGGAGCGAAGCGAAAGCUAGGAAUGAACAACAGCGCGCUAAAGAGCUCAACAAGAGGGGUGAGGUACACAGGGAAAACAUGAUGCUGCUCAACAAAGAAGCCAGCGCGAAGAUAUUCCAAGAGAAUAAUCAAGUUUGUUGUGUUCCUUUCAAGGGUAGCGCUAUCUGACCUUUUCAGAACCGCAGAAAUGAAGUCGAUCUCCACGGACUCUACGUCUCGGAAGCCUUGUCCUAUUUCGACAUCUCUGUUCAAGGAGCUCGAGACCGUGAUGAAUCGUCACUUUGUGUGAUCGUAGGUAAGACAUAAUGAUACCUUUCAGUUUGGUUCAGCGACGGUGAAACUUCUCAGGAAAGGGAAAUCACUCCGAUAACAACAUCCCGAAAAUCAAACCUGCAAUCCAGGCUCGCGGUAAAAGUUUGGGAUUGUCGAUUGAAGUGGACCCUCGCAAUGAUGGCUGCCUCAUUGUGAGUUUGAAGUGAACCCACUAAAUGCCGGUUUUUGGCUUGUGAUGUCCAUGUGUCUUGCAACUCGUGUAAAGUACCUGCUUGCUCUGUGCUG